CGUUAACGGCUGCACUCGUGAUUGGCGAGUCCGGCACGGCGUGACAGGGCCUUCAACCGAGAUAGUGACAUUUCUGCUUUCGUAUCUUUUCCGCUUCAUUUUUUCCUUCUCUCUGUCACAGCCCGUCCCGUCCCCGUCGGAGCGUUGGAACCUCCCAACUACACCGUCUCCCCCGCUCCCACAACCCCUCACGGCGCAAUCACCACCAUGCCCGAAUCUUCAAAAAGCCGUCGCAGCAGCCACCGUGCUUCCCACGGGCGGUCCAGCGCGGGAACCACCCACAGCUCGUCGGCCGCUCGCUCGUCGGCCGCCUUGGACGACUCGCGGUAUCCCUCCGGUCCCCCGGCCUCCGCCGCCCAGAGCCUCCGGGUCCCGAGCCUCCGCGCCCCCUCGUCCCGCUUCUCCCUCAACGACCAGUUUGCCGCAAGCCGCCAGGAGUACGCGCUCUGGGACGACGAUGGCAGCUCCAUCUUCGAGCGGGUCACCAACGCCUCCGAGGCCGGCGACACCGAUCCCGCCGACCGCGUCCUCGUCUCCGGCCCCGACGACUCCGGCCCCGGCUCCGAGUUCCCCGACUGGGACUACUACGACGUCCUCUGCCUCCCGCGGGACGCCGCCGACCUCUCGCAGGACGAGAUCCGCCGCGCAUACCACCGCCUCUUCCUCCUCUUCUACCCGGACAGCUACCCCGAACACCUCCGGCCCAUUGCCCGCCAGCAGUUCCUGCGCGCCCAGGAAGCCUUCGAGGCCCUCAUUGACCCCGCGCGCCGAGCCGAGUACGACUUGAGCCAGUUCCUGGACGCCGACGAGCCCGACGACGCAGCAUCGGCGAGCUACGAGGCCGCGUUCAAGGAGGUGGUGCGCGACAGGUUGCAAAAUGGCGUCCAGACCAGCUCCGACUUGGGUAUCCGCCUCGACGCAACGAGAUUGAGGGCCAAUCGUCUCAACCCCCCGUGGCAGAGAGGUUCGUCCAAGUUGAAGCUGCUGGACUUUGCCCUCAGCCAGUCUGCCUCGGUUGACGUCCCAGCCCUGCGCAAUGUGAUGCAGCCACAAGUAUCGCGUCUGGAACGCCUCGCAUUGUCCAAGGGGAUUAAAAAAGACGAGGCCGAGGGUCUCUCUCAGCCGGCAAUCGAGGUGGCUACUCCGACCGUCACCCUGUUGGGCUCCGUAUAUGGCGUCACGGGUGACCUCUCUCUCAUGUCAACCGCCCUCCUGUACGAUCGCUACCAGCCACUGCUGCCCUUGACGAUCCCGAGGCACCGCCUCAUUCAGCUCGUCGAGAACAAGCUCUCGCCGUUGGUAACGCUGCGAUAUCGACAAGAGUUCUUGAACCACGCACCGCCGCCUCCUCCAGACAAGGUCCGAUGGCUCAAGACGGCCGUCGAGCUCGAGUCGGACAUCCUCCCCGAGUUCUCCGUCACCAGCCGCAUCUACCACCACAUCAUCAUCCCCGACUUCCGCGAACCCACCGUCGUCGAAGCCAGCGUGCAGUCGUCGCGCCAUCUUCCCCGAACACCGCCUCGCUUCACCAUCGGCGCGCGGCAGAACCUGUAUCGCGGCACGGCAUUGGCGGGCACGGCGUUUGCUCGCGUGGACACCGGCGACUGGGUGCUGAGAUCGAGCGACUCGUACUCCUUCCAUUCCGACUUCUCCAAGAUGAACCCCAACAUGUUCAGCACAGAGGGCCCCCUGAAGACGGCCCCGAGUCUGGAAGUGGGGUUCCGGACCGGACCUCCGGAGCGCAUCCCGGCCCCCGGCUCCUCCGACUCGCCCAACAGCGACAGGGGAAUUCGGGGCCUCGACAACGAGCUCGACGCCUGCGACGACGGGACCUGGGCCAUCUCUGCGGCCGCUACUCCCUCUUCGGUCGGCGGCUUCGUGCGGUAUAGCAAGAACCUAUCGAUCCCGUUCCAACUCCCUUCUUUUGAGCCAUCCGACCCCUCGGUACCGUCCUCGGCCCGCCUCGAAGUCGAGCUGUGCUCUAGCACUUUCCAAGACCGCUACCUGGCUCUCCGCAACCUCUGGUCCGUCGGCCGCUUCGCCCGUCUCGGCCUCGAGGUCGGCGUCAGCCUGCACAGCCUGCACCUCUCCGUGUACUGGUCGCGUCUCGGCCAUCGCCUCAGCGUGCCCCUGCUCAUCGCCCCGCAAGCCCUCUUCUCUCAGAGCAUCUUCUUCUGGGCCGGCGCCCUCCCGUUCACCGGCCUCGCUGCUGUUCAGCUGUUCCUCCACCAGCGCCGCAGCCGAGCCUCCAAGUCCGGCUCCCGCACUCGCCGCUCGCCCCGUCCGGACCCGGCCUCGACUUCCACCCUCGCCGUGGCGCGCAACCGCUACGAGGCCGACAACGUCACCGUCCUCCUCGCGCAGCCGGUCGAAGCGCGCCAGAAGCGCCAGACGUCCCUCGGCGGGCUCGUCAUCCUGAGCGCAAAGUACGGCGUCCCGGACUCGGAUGGAAACCUCGCUGGCGAGCAUGUCGCCGACGUCACCAUUGCCCUCGCCGCCAUGAUCGACGACUCAUCCAGCAACACUGGAGCCCAACUCGUCCUCCCCGGCAGUGUCCGCAAGAGUCGCAUCCCAGGCUUCUGGGACCCGGCGCCCGGUCGCGACAAGACCCUUCGCGUGCAGUACUCUUUCAAGGGCGUCGAGGGUAUUGCUGAGGUUCGUGGCCAGGCGGAGUUGGUCCUGCCACCUCCCCCGCCACCACCAACCAAGUCAUAGAACCAGUCUACUCAUGUUUGUGCGUGCGCUGUUUUAGUAUAUACUUAUGAUGUUUCACGAAUCGAAAACGGCCGGAAGGAGAUGGAUGGGAUUGGUAUAUGAUUGGGUAGAUCGCGUUAUUAAAAAGGUUAUUGGGGAUACACAUCUCACAUAGAACGCCGAAAACAUGUGGUAGAUCUCAACUUAGUCUCGUGUGUGCAAUGGCGAAGAAGUAACAAUAAGAAAUU